CGAGAGGAUCUUGUGCGGCUCAACUAAAAAAGUUGUCUCAUAAAUCAGGCCCCAGUGGCGUGUGAUGUGGCGCCUCAGCUGAGGGCACCACUGCUCAACUAGAACAGGCCCUGAUUUAUGGGCACAGAAAAAGGUUGGUCUCAAUCCAAGCCCAUAUGUAUCUUUACUCUUUCAAUAGCACUUGCAACAUACAAAAACGCACAAGACAAUAAUGAGGUCUUACGACAUGGAUCACCCGAUCGAGUCUGGUGCUUUCGAGCCUUGUGUGCAAACACGAAUCCGGAAAGAGCGUCCCACUGAAGACUUCCCCUACGCCCUUGUCGAGUCUCCCCCUCUUGGAGAAAUUCAUCCACAAAUCUGAAGGUAGAGCCAAAAGAAAGAUCUCCAAGCGCCGAUUAUGUGGAAACAUCUCGAAAUGAUGUUGAUAUCCGUGCUGCUCGUUCUCCUCGACUUCGGAAGCCGAGUCUGGACACAUCCACUACCAGAGAUCAAUUGUGACCAGACUCUAGUCCUCACGAAGUCCCAAUCUUCAGUGCGUUCAACUCAGAUCGACCACAUUGCCGCGAAUCUGCAGGAUGGAAUCGUUGCAUGCAACCUAGCCGUGAAAGACGAUGGCUUCAGCGUCAAUUUAGCAACUAAAGACAAAGCUCAAGAAUUGUUCUACCACUUGGAGAAGUUUAUCUCGAAGACCACGGGCCGAUAUACGGAGACCGAAUGUCACUGCGAUACUGGGAAUGCGGACAAAGUCUUCCGCAGAGCUCCCCAAAGACUUCCACACGAGGAUCUGGAGAUGCCCGAUGUGGACACAUCUGAUACUGGAUACCCAGAAGACAAUCAAUCCGACAAUAGCAGUUCUACAGGAUCUAGUACGGGCCUUGCCGUCUGGGCGUGGGUUUGUAUAGGCAUAUACUCAGUAGGAGGUGCAGUCAUUCUUGGAGUUUUGAUUUGGUACUGUUUUUGGCAUGAGGCGGAAGGUGCAGGAAGUGCGUACGAGGAAAAUACGGGGUCUGAGCUUUGAAAAGGUCAUCUGGAGUCUAGGAGUGAAAGUCUGUAUUCACAGUCUUUGUACAUGUAUUCGUUGCUAUGGCUCUCAGCGAAAUCGGCAUCUAAAAUAAACACCGCAAACAAUGCAAAACCCCACACCUGC